AUGAGCAACAAACAAGUGCGGAAGAAACGGUCGGCAUCGUCUUCAAAGAGGAAACGUGUUACACUGCCACAUCAACCUUCGACUGAGGAGGAACAACCAACAAUAGAGGAGGAUAUUGAAUUGGAUCAUACACCUAAGAAGGUGAAAUCGGAUGUUGCAUUAGAGCCGGAGAUUGAAACACCAACAGAAACUGAAGAACCUAUAGUAGCAAAAGUAACUUCUGAUGAUUCCGAUGAUGAUCUGUUGAAUGAUACUUCAUUUGCUCAAUUUUGUGAUCCAUCUAUUGUUAAGAAAGUAGGAUUUAAUGAAAAUUGCUUGAUUGACUAUGAAUAUGAGAGGAAAUUAAUUGAGCAACAGAAAAAGGAUAUGGAUGAAACUUUAAGAGUAAAGAGGAUCAAUGAUGAAUUAAAUAGAUUGAUACAGGAAGAAAUUAAUAACUCCAACACAAGAAUUGAUUUGAACAGUUUAACUAAUGAUCAAAAGAAAGAUCACUUGAAGAAAUUGAUGGAAGGAACAGGUAAUGAAAUAGAAAUAUCGAUACUUGAACAUGUAAAUAACGAAGGGAGUUAUGAUCAAUAUUAUAAGGAUCUUAGAAUACAGUUAUUUUGUGAGGAAAUGAGUAGAUUCAAUGUAUUUAAAAUUGCGGGCUAUGUUUCUGUUAAAUCUAUUAAUGCAGACAAUUUUAUUUCCGAGUUUGUUCAGUUCUUACAACCAAAAUAUGAAUAUUGUGCAGAAAGAUAUGAUUUAUUUUGCAAUACUAUUGAAUAUUCUGUGCAAGAAAUUGGGUCAAAUGAUAUUUUAGAUGACUUAGGACUUGCUUGCUUGCAACCAACAAAGGAAAUGAAUCAACCUUUUGUUUCAGUUGAAGAGGCUGUUAUAGUGCUUGGAUUACUUGAUAAGAAAAAGUGCAUACGCCUACAACGUUUAAUAAGAAAAACAGUAGACUCUUAUGUAAAUGGAAGGGAAAUUGAUAUUAGUGAACAUGAUUUAGCUUGUCUAGCCAUUCAUUUUCUAAUUUCUCAAUACUUUAAUUUCGGUAAUUAUAUAAGCAAGCCAGACACGACUUUAAAUCCAUAUUCAAUCUAUAGCUCCCUUUCAAAGACAAAACUUAUUAAUACUACAGAAUUAACUUUUAUUUUGAAAAGUUUGGAAGGCGACUAUGCCACGUUAAUAACCAAUUUAUUCAAUCUAUUUGGUUUCUCUCAAGGAGAGGAAGAUUCCACUCUUCAAGGUGAAACUACCAUUGAUUCUUUGAAUUCAGUUAUUCAAAAAUAUUUUCCUCCCACUUUUUCCAAGUUUUUAAUUUCCAGACCAUUUUACAAUACCAGUAAGACAAUAAUAACUUUUUACAAGAAGUUCUUUGCUUGUAUGCUGAUUAAUGUAACUGGUAUUACGGAAAUUUCACAUGAGGAGAUAUUUUCCACUGAUUACGAGUUCAACAACACAACCAAUCGUAAAUUAGUUACCUCUGUCAUACCUAUAUUGGAACGUCUACUGGAACAAUGUAAGGAAAGAAAAGAAUUUGAAUUCCCUCUUCUUCAUCUCAUCAAAAAUGUUCUCUCUAUUUUUGAUAUUUGUGCAGAUCUUGGAAGAGAUUCAUCUUUUGUCAGAGAUGAAUUACUUAAACUUUCUACAAGUUUAAGACCUCAUUUCCAAUAUUCUGAUUUUACAUUCCUCAAACUUCAAUUCCCUUACCUAGAUGCUUCGUUCAUGCAAAAUUUGACUGAUGAAGACAGUUGAUACAUCAGUAAGGAGCAAUACUAAUAGCAGUGUAAUUAUACAACAACAAUUAUACCUUACAAAUUCGCAUCAACCAUUUUUGUGUUUAAAACAGUAGUUUUAAUUUCAAUUACGAAAUGUAUUUACUAAAAGGUGACAUAUGGAUGACAGAAUGCUGCAGAAAUAAUUCCACUACAAUACUGAAUAUUGGCGGGAGAAGUAAAUCAAAUCACAUCAAACAAGAAAUACUCUUCAGUCAACUCUUGUAUUGCAGUGUAUUCCUAUAAAUACAAAGCCAAUUUUCUACUAAAGUGAACU